AUGAUGGUGCAGCCUCUAACUGCGAUUGUGACUGGCGCGGCGCGGGGAAUCGGUCGAUCAAUAGGACAUCGCCUAGUCCAGGACGGCUACCGCGUUGCUAUCAAUGACGUUCCAAGUUCCCUUGCGGAGAUCGAAGCAGUCGUGAACGAGCUCAACAGCACUGGCGUUAAGGGUUCUGCCGCACCAACGACUCGAGCGAUAGCCAUACCCGGAGAUGUGACUUCGCAGAGCGACGUGGCGUCAAUGAUAUCGAGAACUGUGUCUACGUUGGGACCGCUGCACCUUAUGGUUGCCAACGCCGGGAAGGCCCCGGUCAAGCCUUUGCUGUCCUCUACAGCGGACGACAUUACGGACGUGUUCUCUUGCAACUUCAAGGGAGCCUUCAACUGCUACACCGAGUCGGCCCGCCAAAUGAUUGCGCAAGGGGACCCGGAGAAGGUAUUUGGACGGCAAAAGUACAAGAUUGUCGGCGCGUCUUCCAUCGCCGGUUUCAGGGCGUUUGCAGCGCUGGGGCUGUACUCUGCCAGCAAAUUCGCAGUCCGUGGGCUCACCCAGGCUAUGGCGAUGGAACUGGCUUCUCACCAUAUAAAUGUCAAUGCCUACGCCCCGGGAAUAGUGGGGACGUCCAUGUGGGACGAAGUAGAUGAGAUGCUAGGGCAGAUUGAGGGAAGGGCCCCUGGCGAGACUCUUAAACAUUACAGCAAGAGUAUUGCGCUCGGGAGGACAAGUGUCCCGGAAGAUGUUGCUGGGCUGGUGGGUGGUUUUCUCGCAAGCCAGGAUUCCGACUAUGUGACAGGGCAAACUAUGCUGGUUGACGGGGGCAUCGUCCUUACUUGA